UUUAUGAUAUAUUCAAUUUAAUUCAUUAUAAUAUUUCAUAAUUAAAUAAUAAUAAUAUGAGUGAACAGCAGGAGGAUAAAAUGGAUGCGUCCACAAUAAAAAAACUGGUAAAUCGUAUCAAAGCGUGCACCUUUCUGCCUUACUCAAAAGAAUCUGACUGGACGGCUAGCGUCAUAUCCAUCAUCGAACAGUUCGUUAGUACGGAUCAGAAAAUACUCUGUUUGUUUUAUGAAAACGACACGCUUAAAGCUACCUUUUGCAUACCCGAUGCUCGUACCGAUUCCAUAAUGUGGUUCCUGAAGAUGAUCGAAAACGAAUCCACACGUCUGGACAACACAAACUUUUUGAAACUUAUCUCAUUUGGUAAAUUGGACACGCAAGUGGAGAAAACUAUGUUUCUACUGUUGGAUUCCUUGUAUUCUCCGUUCAUAUUCUCGUGGUCAGCCAGUGAAAAAGAUCAAUUUUUUGAACAAUACAGAACAGUUAUACAAGAAUUAUGUUCAUUGAGGUAUAAAUUCAUUGGGAUGCCCAGUAUUUACAUUCCAACGAUAGUUGGGAAAAUUAAUGAUCAUUCAAAACACGUGAGCGAAGAAACCCUUAAAGUACUUGAAAAUAUUUUAAACGUAUAUACUCUAGAAAUUCAGAAGUGUUUAAUGGAUACCGAAAGAGUACCUAAAAAAUGUGAAUAUAUGAUGGAACAUAUUAUAGACGAAAUAAGUUAUUGGAAAAAUCGACUUACAAACUUACAAUUUAUAACUACUUUACUAAGCUAUAAGAGUGUCAAUGAAAUUCUUACAAUACUGAAGCAACAUCAAUCAAUUCUUGUUAAUUCAUUCAAUAAUAUUUUAGAUGAAAUUGAGGCAGCAAAAAUGGAAUCCACGUCCAAUCUUAAUUACUUGCAAAUUUUAUCAGAACCAAUAAUGAGUUUGUACGAUAUAAAUUCACCAGACGAUGUUUUAUCAAGAUUACCUGAUAUAUUUGUAAAGUUUAUUUUUAUUUUCGAAGAGUCGCCGUUCUACAAUAAAUGGUCUGAUAUGAAUCGGUUAUACGAAUAUCUUGGAAAUCAAAUCGUAUAUAUCUGUCGAAAAACCAUAAAAAUGGCAGAUUUAUUCUCAGGCAAUACGGAGAGCGUUUUGGACAAAUUACAAAUUUCAAUGAACUGCUGUGAAAAUUAUAUUUUAGUGUACAAUAAAGUUAUUCAAAUUUAUAAUUCCAAAAAUAACCGGCAAUGGUCAGUGGAAACAAAAGAUGUGCAUAUGUUUUUGGACCGAUGCAGAGAUGUACACUACAUAUGCAAAUCAAUGAUUCUAUUCAAAAGGAUGGAUGGAAAUCAUCCCAUACCGAAACCGAAAUUCUCGUUCACCAAAGAGUUGGAGUUUGAAAAAGUUAUAGAGUCCAUAGAGUUGCGAUUCAACAAGCUAAUCAACAAUUUGGAAGACGUUCAGAACGUGAUAUUCAACAUAAACACUACCGAUUGGUAUCAACACGAACUCGAAUUCAAAAACGAAAUGAAAGAUUUGUGCGCGAUCGUGGAGCAAUUGUUAGACGACGCGCUGAGCAUCACGUGCAACGUAGAAGAUGCUCUGAAUGUGUUGCAGAGUUUGCAUUACUUCUCAAGUUGGCCGCAGUUAAAUUCGCAUUUCAAGAAGAAGACGGACGAAGUGUAUGCCAUGCUCAUCAACGAAAUAACGUUCGCCAUGCAGUUCUACACGGGCAACAGCUAUAGGAUACCGUCGUUCGUAGCCAAAUACUCAGGCGUAUGUCUCACCGCCAUGACCGAGUACAGACGGAUCACAUCCCUUAAAAACAUGAUUUUUGAACGUCCUUGGUUAUUGUCAUGUACGAAUAUGAAAAAAUUCCAAAAAUUAUACAGAAGUUUUAAAAUUACGUAUAAAGAGCUAAUAAAUAAUGUAUAUGAAUUGUGGAGUGAUCAAUUAGAUAAUGAUUAUGGGAAAAAACUAAAAAAAAAUAUUUUAGUUGGAAAUCAAAAUGAUCAAUAUUGGCAUUUGACUAUAAAUUUGGACAGUGAAGUAUUUGAUUUGGUAACUGAAAUCCAGUAUUGGACAUUGGUUGGUUUUGCAAGUACAUUAAAACCAAAUUAUAUCGUUAAAAAUGCAGAAAAAAUUAAGCACCUUCAUCGAAACUCUUCAAAAAUCGUUAACGACUACAAUAUUCUUAUAGCUGGUUUAUCCGAGCAAGAAAUGUUAUUAUUUAGUGAAUCGAUAGAGUUAUGCAACAGAAUAACGAAACCGAUGAUUCAAAGCUAUACGUGGAAUGAACUGGAUAUUGAUAAUUAUUUACUCGACUGUUUUGAUCAAAUAGAAUCAGUUCAACGCUGUAUAGAUGAUUAUAAAUACUGUAAUAUAGAAAUUGUAAAUGUAUGUGAAGAUAUGUCAAAUUUAACCAUUUUUAAAACAGACCAAGUGCAAGCUUUGGAGCUCAAGGAUAUUAAAAGAAAAAUUGAAAUAAAUAAGAAUAAUAAAAUAAUGAAAAUAUUUGAUAAUUACCAACUUAUUAUCAAAUACAUAAUGUUCAUCUUUGAAGGAUUUAAAGAAUACAUCAAUAACAUCAUGGUUUAUUGGACACAUUAUGUAAAGAAAAUAGAUAGUCUAAUUUGCAAAGCGUUAAUUCUCAAUUGUCAACAUUCAUUGGAAAAUAUUUUAGAAUUAAGUGUUGGUGAUGGUUCAGGUCCAACACCGGUAAUACUAAUCCACGUUAGCUUAAAGAACAAUAAGAUUCAUUUUUCUUCGAGUCUUUCCGAAAUCUUAGCGUUUUCUGUAAACUUUCUAACAGAUGUGUUAAUAACAAUAAAAGCGAUACCUAACUUAAGUCAAACAUUAAAAUUAUCUGCAAAUAAUUGGAUGCCGUAUGAAGAUGAAAUUUCCAGAGAUCGGAUAUGUAUAAAAUUACAAGAAAAAAUUAAUAUAAGGACUAUAAAUGCUUUAAGACGGUUAAGACAGUACAUGCACGAGUUUUUAAUGUUCCGUGACAUAUGGACAAUGGAUAAGAAUUUAUUUUUUGAGAAAUAUAAAACUUUCAAUAAUUCAGCGACUUAUUUUAAUCAGGAUAUGACUCAAUACUCAAUUUAUAUACGAAAUAUAUUCCAAAUUAAGCCCGUAGCACAAGUUGCUCAUUUCCUAGUAUACACAAAUAUGUUAAAAGAUGAAAUUAUUGGACACUGUUAUGAAUGGAUAAACAACUUUUCAGAUCUUCUUCUUGAUAUGACGGUUAAGCUCUUGGAAGGAUUUUAUCAAUAUACACAAAUUAAUAGUAUUCGAGUGAUGACACCGCCUAAAAAUUUGGCCGAAAUGACUUCAUUUAUUGAACUACGAAAACAAAUUUUUUUGGAGUACGAUAAUAAAGCAAAAGAAUUUACGAUAAUCUCUGAUAAUUUUCAAGUAUUAGAAAUUAAUAAUAUUCAAAUGCCAGAAGUAAUGAAAAUUAAAUAUGAAAAAUUAUUUAAAAUAUGGAGUGUAUACAAGAAUACUCUUGAAGACGCCGAAAUAAUGUUAAAAACAAAACAAAAUGAAUUUAUGAACUCAUUAAUGGAAAAACAAACGAAUUUAAAAAUAAAUGCUAAAAAUCUAUUGCAGUCAUUUUUAGAAAAUGCUCCAAUUUCUACAGAAUGGAACUCAAAAGAUGCUUUAACUUACACUGAACAAAUACAAAAUAAAUUAGAAUUAUUAAAAUCUGAAGAAAAGCAAAUAAAUGACGAUCUCGCUGUAUUUGAAAUAAGAUAUGUCCAUUCAAAUGAACUUGGUAAACUACAAGAAGAAUUAUUAGUUUUGCACUCGGUUUGGAAACUAGUCAAUACGUGGGAUAAUAUGAUUAAAGGUUAUAAAGAAAUCAAAUUUUGGGAUGUCCAAAUUUCCGAAGUCAGUAUAACAGUAGAUGCGUUUUUCAAUCAAUUUAUUAGUUUGAUUAAUGGAUUAACAAAUAAGAAAUUGGAAAUAAUAGAAACAACAUGUAACAACAUAAACGAAUUCCGUCGUUUAUUACCGGUGAUCGAUGAUUUAAAAAAUGCAGCCAUGAAAGAUAGACAUUGGGAUGAAAUACGAGAUAUAAUAAACAAACGAUUUGACGAAAAUAGCUCCGACUUUACGUUAGGAAUGUUAAUGGAAGUUAAAGUGCAGAAUUUUUACAAACAGAUUAACGAAGUGUCAAAAAAGUCGACCAUGGAACUUGGCUUAGAAAAUGCAAUAAAAAAUAUAAAAGAAAUAUGGUCAAAUAUAUAUUUACAAUUAGAACCUUACAAAGAUAAAGGAAUUUAUUAUGUGAAAGUUAAUGAUGAAAUAUUUCAAUUGUUAGAAGACCAUUUAGUGCAACUGUCAUUAAUUAAAACAUCCAAAAAUAUUUCCGUUUUUCUUAACGAAGCAGAUUUUUUAGAAAAAGCCCUCGGUCUUAUCAUUGAAGUUUUAGAAAUUAUACUUUCCGUCCAACGACAACACAUUUACUUAGAAAAUAUAUUCAUAGGAGAUGACAUUAGACAAAAAAUGCCUAUUGAAAGCAUCGACUACGAUAUUUUAACGGAAGAAUGGAAAGAUAUAUCCACAAAAAUGUACAAUGAUAAUAAUUUAUUCAAAGCUUGUUAUUCCAAAUCUUUGUUCAAACAUUUAAACACAAUGAACUAUCGUUUGGAAGUUAUCCAGAGAGCUUUAGAAGUUUAUACGGAAUCAAAACGUCAUAUAUUUCCAAGAUUUUAUUUUAUAUCAAAUUGUGAGUUAUUAGAAAUAUUAGGGAACUCCAGAAAUCCUGACUCUAUACAACUUCAUUUCAAAAAAAUUUUCAACAAUAUUCAUAACCUCAAAAUAAUUACAAAUAAUAAUCAAAAGAAGGAAGCUCGGGGCAUGUUUUCUGAAGAUGGCGAAUACGUAGAUUGGAAUCAACCGAUUGUAUGUGAGGGACCAGCUGAAAUUUGGCUCAAUUCUAUUGAAACUGCAAUGCGAGAUUCUCUAAAACAAACAUUGAAUCAAGUAAAAAUAUCGCUAAUGAAAAACUUAAGAACCCGUGAGAAAUGGAUAUUGGAAUGGCCAGGACAACUAUGCAUCAUAGCGUCACAAAUUCAAUGGACGGCUGAUUGUACUCGAGCAUUAGUACAGUCUAAGUACUUGAAACACAAAUAUCCUUUGAAAAAAAUGGUGAAAAAACAAAAACAUAUUUUGUCAAGGCUCUCGAAGGUUAUUCGAUGUGAAUUAGCUAAUACUGAAAGAUUGAAAGUCACUGCUUUAGCGGUGGUAGAGAUACACGCAAGGGAUGUGAUUGAAUAUAUUUAUAAAUCAAAUUGCAUGGACGUAUCUGCGUUUGAAUGGGUAUCUCAAUUGCGAUUUUACUGGGACAAAAAAGCCAACGAUAUUAUUAUAAAACAAACUAACACCAAACUACAAUAUGGUUAUGAAUAUCUUGGAAAUUCCGGAAGAUUAGUUAUCACUCCUUUGACUGACAGAUGUUAUAUUACAUUGACCACAGCCAUGCAUAUGUGUCAAGGUGGGAAUCUUAAAGGUACGACGUGCACAGGAAAAACGGAAACUGUAAAAGAUUUAGCAAAACAAUUGGCGCAAUACACCGUUGUCAUCAACUGUUCUAAAAACCUAGACUAUAAAAGCAUGAAUCGGAUUCUUUUAGGUCUAGUACAACAAGGAGCUUGGGGUUGUUUUGACGAAAUUCAUCGGAUGAAAAUUGGAAUUCUGUCUUCUAUUACACAACAAAUAUUGUCAAUAUUUUUGGCUCUAGCGGCUAAUUUAAAAACUUUGGUCAUUGAAAAUAUGAAAAUUAAUUUGGUUCCAACUUGCAGUAUAUUUAUUACGACAUGUUUCACUAACGAAGACAAUUCUAACCUACCUGACAACUUUAAAUCGAUGUUUCGCACUGUAUCUAUGAUUGUCCCAGAUAGUAAGAUAAUCGCUGAAGCACUACUUUUUGUGGAAGGAUUUAAAGAAGCUAAGAGUUUAGCUGAUAAAAUAUUGAAUCUGUUUUCGCUGUGCAAACAACUGUUGAACAAAGAAACCCAUUAUAAAUACGAACUUCGAGAUUUGAUCGAGUUAAUAAAAUACGCCGGCAAGUGUAAAUGGAAACAAAUAGAAGUGCCUGAAGAAGAAGUUAUUUUGUUAGCAAUUCAUAAAAUAUGUUUAGCAAGUAUAAACAACGUAUAUUUACCAAUGUUUAUGGACAUAACAAACAAUUUAUUCCCCGGUAUAAAGUCGCCAGAAUCAAAUCACGGAGUCUUAGUAGAUGCAAUCAAACGAACCAUGCUAAAAAAAAACCUUCAACCUUCCGAUGCCUCUAUCUUGAAAAUAGUCCAGUUGUACGAAAUCAAAAAUUAUCGACGUUCCGUGAUCAUAAUAGGACAUUCUGGUGCAGCUAAAAGUACUACCUGGAAAACUCUGAGAGAUACCUUAGUCUUACUUAACAGAGAACAAAUCAAUAAAUUUGAAACAGUUAUCGAUUAUGUUUUAAAUCCAAAAACAUUAACUUUGGAAGAACUAUACGGCCAUUAUAAUCUAGCUACUCGUGAAUGGAUGGAUGGUAUUUUGUCAUCAAUUAUGCGUAAAGUGUGUUCGGAUGAAGGAUUAGAACAAAAGUGGGUGAUAUUUGAUGGACCGAUUGAUAGUGAUUGGGUUGAAAAUAUGAACUCAGCAAUGGACGAAAAUAAAAAUUUAAUUUUAGCAAACGGAGAACGCAUUUCAAUACCAAAACAAGUGUCGUAUUUAUUUGAAGUAGAAGAUUUAAAAUCAGCAUCUCCUGCAAUUGUCUCAAGAUGUGGUAUAGUCUAUAAUAAUCACAGUGAUAAUAGUUGGCGAUUGUAUGUUGAUUCUUGGCUGAGCAGUUGUAAAUUCAAAGCUUACAAAGAUGCAAUGAGUCUUUAUUUUGAUCAUUACAUCAGUGAUUUACUAGCAUUUAAAAAAUUAAACUGUACUGAAUUAGUUUCUUUGACGGAUCAAAAUUGUAUAAUAUCAUUGUGCAAAUUGUUAGAAUGUUGUACAUUCAAUAGUUUAGCCAAUACAAUUCCGAUAAACUUAAAUAAUAGUCAAUAUCAAUUUCUCAUAAAAAUAUGGUUUAUAUUUUGUAUGAUCUGGUCGAUAUGCGGUUCACUGAACGAAGACGGGAAAAAAAAAAUUGACGUUUAUAUCAGAAGGCUAGAAAACGUUUUUCCAAUAAAAGAUACUGUUUACCAUUACUACGUGGACGAUAAUUACGCUAAAUUUAAACAUUGGGAGGAAAAGCUAUCUAUGCAUUUCUGGAAAUAUAAUACAGGAACACAAAUAUCUAAAAUUAUAAUUCCGACAAUAGACACUGUUCGUUAUAAUUAUCUAAUACAGUUAUAUCUUAGUAAAAGUCAACCAAUUUUGUUGACUGGUCUCAAAGCAUGCGGCAAAACCAUGAAUGUCAAUAAUUCAUUUGAAACUAUGAAUAGAAAAGAGUUUUCAUUUUUGAAUAUUAACAUGACAGCUCACACUACAUCUAAUGACGUACAAGAAUCGAUCGAAGAAAAGUUAGAAAAACGCACCAAAGAACUAUAUAUUCCAUUAUCUGGGAAAAAAAUGGUCACGUUUUUGGAUGAUAUGCAUAUGCCUAUAAAAGAAACGUCCGGAGCUCGACCUUCAUUAGAAUUAAUUAGACAAUGGGUUGAUUAUGGAUUUUGGUACGACAAACGAAAACAAUGCCCAAAAUAUGUGAAAAAUAUGCUACUCGUGUGUGCCAUGACUCUAUGCGAUAGAGUUCAUCACUCCAUAAGCAAUCGGAUAAUGAGUUGCUUUAGUGUUGUUUCUGUAACAAGUCCCGAAGAAAACGUUUAUAAAAUAUACAAAACCAUAUUGGGUGAACAUUUAAAAGAUUUUGAUGAAACUGUAUCUGAACUAAACCAUGGUUUGACCUCGAUGACGAUUAGUCUUUAUAAAAAUUUGAUUAUCUACAUGAUUCCAACACCGGCAAAAAUUCAUUAUUUAUUUAAUUUGAAAGAUGUAUCUAAAGUAUUCCAAGGUUUACUGCGUAGUAAUGUCGAAUAUCAAAAUUUUAAAGUUCCUAUGUUACGACUUUGGUGUCAUGAAGUGUUUCGUGUUUUUUAUGAUAGAUUAAUAGACGAAAACGAUCAAAAAUGGUUCAUAAAUCACAUAAAUAAUCAGCUCGAAAGCAACUAUGGUUUAAAAUAUCGCGAUUUAUGCGCAUCAGAAAAGAAUCCGAUAUUUUGUAGUUUUCUAAACGAAAACAUGCUAUACCAAGAAGUAGAUGACGAAGAUUAUUUGAAAAAUUACAUCGAGAACUGCAUAAAAGAAUACAACUCAAACUCGGAAUUUGUACCUGUUGAUAUUUUACUGUUCAGAAAUUAUAUUGAACAUAUAAGCCGUAUUGUUAGAGUCAUAUCCCAACCGAUGGGUCAUAUACUGCUUAUUGGCAUUAGUGGGUCGGGUAGAUCAUCAUUAGCAAAAAUAGCCUCGUGGUUAUGCAGAUACAGCAUAUUCACCAUUGAACUAUCUAAAUCGUAUGGAACAUCGGAAUUUAAAGAAGACUUAAAAUUAAUUUAUUCAGAAACGGGAAUAAAAAAUCAACCGACAUCGUUUUUGUUUAACGAUACACAAAUAGUUGACCAUUCUUUUUUGAAAAUCAUUAAUGAUAUCUUAAGCACCGGAGAAGUGACUAAGUUGUUUAAAGAAAACGAAUUCGAAGAUAUUAAGAAGUCGUUGUUAGAUGCUAUUGAAAAUACAGAUGAAAUACAAUCAGAUGAAGAUAUUAAUUUAAUUUUUAUAGAACGCGUUAAAUAUAACUUACACUUUGUUUUAUCUUUCAACCCUGUCGGAGAUUCAUUUGGAAUAAGGUUGCAACAGUAUCCUUCGCUAAUAAAUUGCACUACAAUCGAUUGGUUUUUGAAUUGGCCAAAAGAAGCUUUGUUUGAAGUAGCAUCGAUUUCGCUCAAGGAUGUCGACUUUUUGGUAACGAUUACAGGAGAACCGAGAAUAAAUGAAAUAGAAGGCGAAGGUCCAACUCAGGAUAAAAUAAAAAUAUUUCUGGCAUCUAUUUUCACCUCCAUCCACCAAUCUGUGAUUGAAUAUUCCAACAAUAUGAAAGUCGAAUCUAAACAUACCAAUAGUAUAACAUCUGCUAUUUAUUUAGAAAUGAUAUACAGAUACAAAAAAACACUUCAAGAUAAGCGUAUUAAAAAACGAAAUCAAUCAAUGAAAUUAAGAAAUGGUUUGCUUAAAAUUAAUGGUAUGAUUCGGAAAAUAAGUGAAAUGUCAAGUGAAUUAGAAAAAGUUACAGAACUUAUUUCAAAACAUACUAAAGAAAGCGAAGAGUUAUUUAAUGUAAUUACAAAAUAUAAUAUGAAAAUUGACAAUCAAAAAAAAGAAAUACACAUGACUAUCAAUAAGAUAAAAGAAGACGAACUUAAAUGUCAAGAAAUGUAUGAUAUAGCUUUAUCUGAAAUGAAACUUAUAAUUGCCAAAUUAGAAGAAGCUACAAACAAAGUAUGUGCUCUUAACAAAAAAGAUCUCUCGGAAAUUAAAAAUUUCUCCGUGCCACCGGAAGGUGUCAAAUUAGUUUUGGAAGCUGUUAUGACCUUAAAACAAGCUGAUCCUAGCUGGGCUGAGGCUAAACGACAAUUAGAUGAUCCCAGUUUUCUAAAUCAGUUAAAAUGCUUCAACAAAGAUGAUCUAUCGGAUUCUAUUCUAAAACAAAUCGAAACAUUUGUAAAAAAUCCAGAAUUUGAUGUGGAAAAAAUCGGUACUCAAUCAAAAUGUGCUAAAUAUUUGGGCAUGUGGGUAAUUGCUAUUGAAAAAUAUGCUAAAAUGUACAGAGCUGUAACUAUAAAAAAAGCAUCUGCUGACCUAGCAAUGGCAACAGUUAAAGAAGAACAAAAAGCUCUUGGAGAAAUGGAAAAAAAUCUUUCAGUAGAACAACAUUGCCUUGAAAAACAUGUAAUUGAAUACGACGAAAAAGUUAUGGAAAAAGAGCAUCUUAUUACAAAAGCAGAAGAAUUGAAGAAUAAUUUAGAAAAAGCAACAAAACUAAUUGAUGGAUUGUCCAAAGAAAGAAAAAAAUGGAGUAAAACGGUAAAUCAAAUUGACAAGGAAUUUGAUUAUUUGCCAGGAGAUUGUGUUCUAAGUACCGCAUUUAUAUCAUACAUGGGACCAUUUAGAUUUAAAUGUAGAGAAUUUAUUAUGAAUUUAUGGUUGGCAUUUAUGAAAGAAAAUGGAGCACUUAACAACCCUAAUUUUGAAGUCACUUUAUUUCUAACAGACCCAGCAAUAAUCAGAAUUUGGAAUACCAACGGAUUAUCCAACGAUAGAUUUAGUUUAGAAAAUGGUAUAAUUAUCAGCCAAAGUUAUAGAAAUCCGUUUAUUAUAGACCCGCAAAAUCAAGCUUGGAAAUGGUUAAAAAAUAUUGAAUUAGAUAAUGGAUUAACCAUUAUUGACGGUAGACUAGAAAAUUACACGCAAAGUUUAGAAAUCGCACUACAAAAUGGAUAUUCAACAUUAAUGCAAAUCGAUUUUGACAAACCAGAUCCUUAUAUUAUAUCAUUAUUAUCUAAAUCAAUUGUGAAAAAAAAAAACGAGCUUUUCAUAAGAAUGGGUAAUAAGCUACUAGCAUACAAUGAAAAUUUCAGAAUGUUUAUUACUACGAAAAUUAAGAAUGCGCACUAUGAUCCUGAAAUAAUAAAGUGGACAACAGUUGUUGAUUUCACGAUUCAAGAAGAAGGUCUCGAAGAACAAUUAUUAACAAUUUUAGUCAGUAUGGAAAACUCUAAUUUAGAAGAGCUUAAGGAAAACACGAUCAUUAAAAUUGAAAAAGAUAAAAAAUCUCUUGAUGAAAUACAAGACGAAUUACUUAAGUUGUUAGAUGAAAGUGAAUGUUCAUUAUUAGAAAAUGAACAACUUCUCAAUACUUUAAAAUCUUCAAAAGCGAAGUUGAACAUCAUUAAGGAACAACUUCAAAGUUCUUUAACUAGUCAAGCAGAAAUAUACAUAGCUCGAGAGGGCUAUAGACUAUGUGCCAAACGUGCUUCCAUACUAUAUUUAAUUCUCGAUAAUCUAGAUAAAAUUAAUCCAAUGUAUCAGUACUCGUUGGAUUUUUAUAUCAUCAUGUUCAAAACUUCAAUUAAAAAAAGCAAUGCAGCAGAUCAAAUCCACGAAAGACUUACAAAUUUAAACAAUUAUCACACUUAUGCAGUUUACGAAAAUGUCUGUUGUGGACUGUUCGAACACCAUAAAUUAGUUCUAUCGUUCCAGAUUUGUAUUCAGAUAUUGAUUUCAGAAAAAAAAAUAAAUGUAAACGAAUUGGAAUUUCUUUUAAAAGGUGAAAUCAAACUGGAGAGAAAAAAAAUCGUUACGGCACAACGGCCCGAUUGGUUACCAGUAACGUGUUGGAACAAUAUUUUGGCGUUAAGUAACUUACCCUGUUUUUAUGAAGUAGAAAAAUCAUUUGAACGAUAUUCAACUGAGUGGCAAAAGUGGUAUACAUCUCCAAACCCGGAAAAUCAACAACUCAUUGACCGGUGGGAAAACGAAUGUAAUCAAUUUCAACGAAUGCUAUUCAUAAAAAGUUUACGACUAGAUCGAUUAUCGUUCUCUAUAAAACAAUUUAUUUCAACGAAUUUUAGUCCUCAGUUUUCUGAAAUACCGAUCAACAAUUUUAAAAAUAUACUGGAUAAUUUUAAUAAUAAAAAUUCUCUAAUUUUUAUUCUAUCACCCGGUGCUGAUCCGACAAAUAUAGUUACCAACAUAGCUACAAACUACAAUAAAAAAGAAAAUAUUCAAUAUCUUUUCAUGGGUGAAGGCCUAGAAUCAACUGCUACCAAUUUAAUUCAAAUGGGCCAAAAAGAAGGUCAUUGGAUAUAUCUGGCAAAUUGUCAUCUCCUAUUAUCAUGGAUGCCACAACUGGAUAAAAUAAUUGAUAUUAUGAAGGAAGGUAGAAGCCAUCCUAGUUUUAGAUUAUGGUUAAGCUCAAAACCACAUCCGAGAUUACCAAUAACAUUACUACAAACUUCUAUCAAAGUAUCAGCUGAACAACCAAAGAGUCUGAAAUCCAAUUUGUUGCAUUUAUACCAUAAUGUAAACGAAGACCAAUUCUCUCAGAAUCAAUCGACAAUCACAUACAAAGCAUUACUGUUUAACUUGUGUUUAUUUCACUCUAUAUUAAUUGAAAGAAAAAAUUUUCAAAAUAUUGGAUGGAACAAAAUAUACGAAUUUAAUGAUUCUGAUUUCAAGGCAUCUGAAAGGAUUUUGUCGAAUUGUCUCAGUGAGUACGACGAAACGCCCUGGACAGCGCUAAAAUAUUUAAUAGGAAAUGUUAUUUAUGGUGGUAAUGUAACUGAUAUUUGGGACAAAAGACUUUUGGACACUUACAAUAAACAACUGUUCGACGAAAACGCUAUUACAUCACCGUUUCACGAGAUAUCGUCGCUGAUGAAUUCCUUCGUCCCAAAAAACGAUUGUCUGCAGUCGUACAAAGAGUUCAUCAAAUCGUUGCCAUCCGAACAUCUGGCUCAGUUGGUCGGUCAACACUCAAACGCUAAAGUGAUUUAUUUAACGAGAGAAAACCAUUUGUUAUGUGAAACACUUGGGCUUCUACAAGAAAAAACGAAUGGACCAAUGGACAAGACAGCGGAUAUUGAACAAAAAAUACCAUUUCAACUAUCCCAAAUUCUCGAAAGUUUACCAGAAUUAAUUGACCACGAACACGUGAUUCAAAAUAUUAAAAUAAAAAAAAAUCUAUUGGAUUUUGUACUUUUGCAAGAGGUGACACGUUAUAACGAUUUACUCAAAGAAAUUAAAAUGACCGUGACAAUACUAAAUAAAGGAAUCGCAGGCCAGGCUGUCGUGCCGUCCGAUCUCAAAAACACACUUCGAAUUAUUUACGAAGGCAAAGUACCAGACCAGUGGCUUAAAACAUAUCCAUCUUCGAUGACUUUGGGUGCUUGGAUUCAAGACUUAAUUAAACGUGUAAAAUAUUUUACUACUUGGACAAACUCGAGUCAACAGCCCAUUUCGAUAUGGUUGGGAGCUUUCACGUUACCCGCCAGUUUCUUGACCAGUGUAAUGAUGAAUGAAUCGAAUAAUUCUUCCAUAAGAGUAGAUUUACUUAAUUGGGAGUUUAUACCAAUUUUAAAAUCUUUGGAUGAUUUAAUAGCGCCGCCAAAGAAAGGAGUAUAUAUACAUAAUCUUUACUUGGAAAAUGCUGGUUGGGAUAAUGAAAAAACCUGUUUGUGCGAGCCAUUGCCAUUGCAAUUAGUAACUAAAUUACCUAUUAUACACUUCAUACCAGUGGAAGGCAAAAUGAGGCUCAAAGACUUAUACCAGAGUCCUGUAUAUUAUUGUCCACAAAGAAACGAGACUCGCGACAGAAAGUUUUUCGAAAUUGCACUAAACUUAAAAUGUGGGUCACAAAAGCCAGAACAUUGGAUUAAACGAGCUACAGCAGUACUAUUAAACUUAGAGUGAUAACAUAAUUAUAUAUUUCAUAAUUUAUUAUCUGUAUAGGUAAAAUAUGAAUAUUGUGAAUAU